AAUUUAAAAUAAGCAUUGUCGAUUCCAGGCUACUAUGUUCUGCUUUCUGUCGCGUUAUGUGUGACACUGUAAUAUGGUGAUUCUGGUAAAUGCCAGGGUGGACAUCCAGUGGACGACUGUGCGUAGGUUUGACCAUCAGUGUUACUUUACUGCAAACGUCUUGAAGAAUGAAGUCGACAAAGGAACUCGCCAGGCAGCUUGGUAUUUUACGCAAGCGUACUACUGGUUCUCAAGUUGACAAAGCUAUCAAAAGAGCCAAGAAUACUAAUCAGAUAUUUUCCUAUUUAAUUGUGAUUGACUUUGAGUCUACAUGCUGGCGUGAUAGAAAAACAACCAUGCAAGAAGUUAUUGAGUUUCCUGCUGUCUUAUUGAAUACUAAGACUGGUGAUAUAGAAUCUGAGUUUCAUCAUUAUGUACAACCACAAGAAUGUCCAAGACUAAGUGAAUUCUGUACAGAGUUAACCGGUAUAUCACAGGAACAAGUAGAUGAUGGUAUACCACUACAUGUAUGUUUGAGUCAGUUUAUGAGAUGGCUCCGAAAACUAACAGAUGAGAGGAAUAUUGCAUAUCACCAUGGAGACAAUAGCAAAAGUCUGUGUACAUUUGUUACCUGGUCAGAUUGGGAUCUUGGUGUGUGCCUUCAGUAUGAGACAAAAAGAAAACAGUUACGAAAACCUCACGAACUGAACAGUUGGAUUGAUCUCAGAGCUACUUAUAGAUCAUUUUACAGUAAAAAACCCAAUGGUUUAAAUGGUGCGUUGCAAGACCUUGGAAUUCACUUUGCUGGAAGACAGCACUCUGGUUUGGAUGAUGCCCGGAACACUGCCAAACUAGCUUGGAGGAUGAUUACAGAUGGAUGUAAUAUGAAAAUAACCAAAUCAUUGCCUAAUCCUAUGCAUCAGAAACCGAAGAAUAUUGGGAAAGCGCCCUCAAUUCAAUCCAGUAAAGUAACUAAUAGUCAUGUGACUAUGGCUCCUCAUGUCUGUUUGAAUAGUAAAGUGUAUUCCAUGUCAGCUGGUAUCAGAAAAUCACUGACAAAGAUUAAAAUAUGCCCAAAUUCUGAGAAUUACAAACCAGUUUUAGGUUUGGAAGAAAUAUCCAGCUCCUAUGUGGAUAACAGAAAUGGAGUUGAGUGUGUAGAGCCUAGUGUGACUGUUCAGACCAGGAAAGGAAUGCCCACAAAUAAUGACAGGACUUUAGUGCCGCUGAAAACUACAUUGGGACCCAACAAUUCAGUUCCACAAACAUUGUUUUCAAAGUGUAAUGGUAAACUAGAUAAUCCUACUGUGUCGACAAAGAACGCUGUGAACGCCUGCGAAUUGCUGUCUGAGGUGGUCACCACUUCGCAGAUGCUACGACGAGAUCAAGUUGAAUAUUCCAACUGUCUCCCAGCAAUGGAUGGUAAGGUAAAAACUGGAAUAGCCUGGUCAUCGAGGAGAACAAAUUCUAAUCACAGCAACAAUGUUGUUCCUUCAAAAGAUCGUUUCAAGACCCCGACUGUACCAUCUAGAUUUAAGGUCGAAUUAAAAACGCCAUUUUCUCGGUUUAGUACACCCGAUAUGUUAAUUGGCAGAAUUACACCACCGCUAUGUCGCUGUGGACGGCGAGCUAAACGAAGAACUGUCAUCAAUCCAGGACCUAAUCAGGGUAGAGGAUUCUUUUCUUGCCAUUCUGGACGGACUAAUAAUGGCAAAGCAUGUGCUUUCUUCAAAUGGGAAGUUAGUAUGUCGCCUUCACUUGUCAGAAAGUCAAAAAUGAUGACUUAA